AUGACCUGGAAACUCCGGGGCAACCUCCCUCACGCCGUGGAUUCCACCGCGCUUCUGAUAGAUGCCCAACUCCAUCACCACCACCACCACCACCACCAAAAUCCCUCCCAAGCGCCCAACCCUGGAAUCCAACAACAACAACAACCCGCAAAUUCCCAAUUCUCCCUCCGAGCAGUCUACACCGCAGCCUUCACCCGCUUCAUAACCGGCUUCUGCGACAUCGGGCGCGCGCGCGAAAACCGCCUAGAUCCAAGCAGUAUGCUCGAAAUCGCGCGUCAAAUCUCCCUGCCAGAGGAGUUCGUGGCGUUGCGGCACGAAGCUACGCAUGAGGAGAUGCCUUCGCUCAGGAGACUGGUGAGGGCGACGGAGGAAGGGUUGGGGUGGUUGUGGAGGGUUUAUUGGAGUCGGUUGGAUGAUGUUGAUGUUGGUUUGGGGGCUGGGGAAGGGAGGGGAGAUGAUGUAGAGGUGGUGAAGGAUGAGGCGAGGAAGUUGUUCAAGGGGUUUAGGUCGUUGAGGCGGGAGGCGUUUCGGGGGAAGAUGCAUGCUUCUGCGAAGCAUUUGGCGGACGUGCAGGCGGUUGCUAGUGAGUGCAGUCGACUUUGCGCGGGAGGGAAGAUGGCGACGGAUGCAGUGGCGGGUGUGCUUGUGGAGGACAAGUUCCUGCUUCCGUCGAACAGAGAACUGGGCCAAUCAAUCCAAGGCGCAUUCGUGAUGUGGGAUGGAUUAUUGAGCGGGAUCUGCGAAGAAAUGUUUGAGUUCUCUUCCGCGUUGGUCCAGGCUCUGCUCUCCAGCUUCGCCGACAACUUCAGUACCGGUGCCGAGCACGAUGCUGAUAAGGAAGCCAUGUAUCUGUGGUUGUUGCACCUGAGCACAGAUCCUGCCACGGGAACCAUCGUCGCAACAGCCAAGCAGAGUCUGCAAUCAGAAGCGAUCAAGUUCUGCUGCUUGCAUCCUGGCUAUUGGACGCAGAAGCUUGCUGAGAACCUGCUAGAGCGAAACGAUGAGCUCAAGGAUGUCUGGCAGGAGCUCUUCGUAGCGAGCAUACUGAGGAACGAUGCUGAAGUGGCGGACGCAGAUGCUCAGAUGGAUGAGGAGAGCCUGUCAAGUGCGAACCCACUGCGCAUCCCGGCACAGCAGCUGCCUGACAACAUUGGCGGUAGUUUCGUCGGCUGGCAGCGUUCCACCCUCAUUACCAAAACACCCAUAGGCAUAAUAGCAUAA